GUCCCUCACAGCACUCAGAGCUUCCCUUGUCUUUCUCUCUCUUUGAGAAAUUUGUUUUUCAGAGUGCAAAUCCUAUUCCGAUAGCAAACAUGGCCGCCGCCACCAAUUCCGCCGCAGCCCCGCCGCGCGAGCUAUCACAGAAGGAAGCCGACAUCCAGUUGAUGUUGGCGGCGGAUGUCCAUCUCGGUACCAAAAACUGCGACUUUCAGAUGGAACGUUACAUCUUCAAGCGCCGCAACGAUGGUAUUUAUAUCAUAAAUCUUGGUAAGACUUGGGAGAAGCUUCAAUUAGCUGCCAGGGUUAUUGUUGCCAUUGAGAACCCUCAGGACAUAAUUGUCCAGUCUGCUAGGCCUUAUGGACAGAGAGCGGUUCUUAAGUUUGCUCAGUACACUGGCGCUCAUGCAAUUGCUGGGAGGCACACUCCUGGCACAUUCACGAAUCAAAUGCAAACUUCAUUCAGUGAGCCUCGUCUUCUUAUUCUAACAGAUCCAAGAACUGAUCAUCAGCCUAUUAAGGAAGCUGCUCUUGGAAAUAUUCCAACCAUUGCUUUCUGUGACACUGAUUCUCCUAUGAGGCAUGUUGACAUUGGAAUUCCAGCCAAUAACAAGGGGAAACACAGCAUUGGUUGUCUCUUUUGGCUUCUGGCAAGGAUGGUGUUACAGAUGCGUGGUACUAUUCGCCCUGGUCUUAAGUGGGAUGUGAUGGUGGAUUUAUUCUUCCAUAGGGACCCAGAGGAACCCAAGGCACAAGAGCAGGAUGAAGCUCCUGCAGGUGAUUAUCCCAUCACCGACUUCAAUGCAGGCGCUCUUACUGCUGAUGGACAGUGGCCUGCUGCAAUUGAUCAGUCAUGGACUGAUACAGUUGCACAACCUAUUGCAGCAGCUCCUGGUGUCAACUGGGCAGCCCCAGAAACUGGUGCAGUUGCAGUUGCAGCAGGAGGAGACUGGGGUGACUCAGUAGCCACUCCACAACAAAUUCCUGUUGUUAUUGGAGAGGAGACUGUGCACCCAACUGGGUGGGAAUGAACUUAGUGCUUUCCUUCAGCUAUUUAUUUUACUCUUUUCCCUUCUCCCCGAAGUAUGAGUUUUUUUGGUAGUUAAGGAACUUCGUUGUUUACUUUUUUGGUAUGAGUGGCAGCAAUAUUGUUAACGACAUAAUAUAUUCGGUCAAAUUUUAUUACA